UGCCGCGUCUUGCUCAUUACCUUCGUGCGGACGCAGACUCUCGGACUCAUGGCGGACACACCAACCCUCAAAAUUACACUUCUGGGUGCCGGACAGGAGGUCGGCCGGUCUUGCUGCGUCCUCCAGUAUCGAGGCAAGACCAUCGUAUGCGAUGCAGGCGUUCACCCCGCCUACAGUGGCAUUGCAUCCCUACCAUUCGUUGACGAACUUGACUGGAGUACUGUGGAUGUAUUGCUGAUUACUCACUUCCAUCUGGACCACGCAGCGGCCUUGACAUAUAUCACGGAAAAGACAAACUUCCGAGAUGGUAAAGGCAAGGUGUACAUGACGCACCCCACUAAAGCGUUGCACAAAUUCAUGAUGCAAGACUUCGUACGAAUGAGCUCGUCGACAUCUGACGCCUUAUUCUCUCCCCUCGAUCUCUCAAUGUCUAUGGCAUCCAUCAUCCCCGUGUCCGCUCACCAAGUCAUCACGCCUUGUCCAGGAGUUUCCUUCACUCCUUAUCACGCCGGCCAUGUUCUCGGUGCUUGUAUGUUCCUCAUAGAUAUUGCUGGCCUGAAGAUUCUGUACACUGGUGACUAUUCCCGCGAAGAAGACAGACAUCUUGUGAAGGCAGAAGUACCGCCAAUACACCCGGACGUCCUCAUCAUCGAGAGUACAUAUGGCGUGCAGACAUUGGAAGGCAGAGAAGAAAAGGAGGCAAGGUUUACGACUCUGGUCCACAACAUCAUUCGAAGAGGCGGUCAUGUUCUCCUGCCGACAUUUGCUCUGGGACGUGCACAAGAACUUCUGCUCAUUUUGGACGAAUACUGGAAGAAGCACCCUGACUUGCACAGUGUCCCUGUGUACUAUGCGUCUAGUCUAGCUCGAAAAUCAAUGGCCGUGUUCCAGACGUAUAUUCAUACAAUGAACAACAACGUUCGAUCGCGGUUCGCAAAACGGGACAACCCUUUCGUCUUCAAACACAUUUCCAACGUGCCGCACAGUCGAGGUUGGGAGCGCAAAAUCGCCGAAGGGCCGCCAUGCGUGGUGUUGGCAAGUCCGGGAUUUGCAGACUCAGGGCCUAGUCGAGAGCUGCUGGAACUCUGGGCGCCGGAUUCAAGGAACGGCAUCAUCAUUACCGGAUACUCGAUAGAAGGGACGAUGGCCAGGGAAAUCCAAAGCGAACCGGACGAGAUCAUGUCCCUCAAGGGCAACCCGAUCCCGCGCAAGUUCUCUGUGGACGAGAUCUCGUUCAGUGCCCAUGUUGACUACUCGCAGAACUCGGAGUUCAUCGAGAUGGUCAAGGCGCAGCACAUAGUCCUGGUACACGGUGAACAGACUGCCAUGGGGCGUCUGCGGGCAGCGAUGACGGAUCGUUACAAGAGUCGAGACGAAGACGUCAAGAUCCACACGCCACGGAACUUGGAAACGCUGGAGCUCACAUUCAGAGGCGAGCGCGUCGCGAAGGCGAUUGGUCACCUGGCGGCGCAACCGCCACAACCAGGGGAUGUGCUCUCUGGUCUGCUCGUUUCGAAAGACUACUCCUACACCCUUCUCGACCCGCGAGACCUCCGCGACUUCACCGGUCUCUCCACAAAUAUUGUCACGCAGAGACAAAAGAUGACGCUGAACGUCGGCUGGGACCUCGUCCGGUGGCACCUGGAGGGCAUGUUCGGCAAGGUGGAGGAGGGCUUGGACAAGGACGGGGUGCCUACUAUCCGAGUUAUGGGAGCCGUCGACGUCAAACAGGCACAAGAAAACGAGCUGAUUCUGGAAUGGGACUCCAGCGCGAGCAACGACAUGAUCGCAGAUUCCACGCUCGCCCUCGUCACCGGCAUCGACAAGAGCCCUGCCUCCGUCAAGUUGACGACCCAACCGCACUCGCACUCGCACUCGCACGCCCCGGAGCACCCACACCCGCACGCGGACAUCGAGGACGAGAGCGGGCCCGUGACGCGCAUCCGCCGCCUCGCGAUGUUCCUCGAGGCACACUUCGGCGAGGUCGAGCUGCACAUGCCCGAGGACGCGGACGAGCAUGAGCACGAGCAGGGUGAAGACAGCAACGAGGCAGCGCUCCUUGUUCGCCUCGACGAGGCAGACGCGCUCAUCAACCUCGUCACACUGACUGUGGAGAGCACGAGCGAGCAGCUCAAGAGGCGCGUGGAAGCCGUCCUGGACAUGGCGCUCUCGACGGUCAGCUCACUCAACGAGUCGUUCACCUCGGGCGUGCCUCUCCUCAGCGAAGAGGCCGGCUUGCCUGACACAGUCAAGGAUAAGUCUGACAGCCCCGCCGUUCUGCUGGGAGACGAGGAGGGCAAGCCGACCUUGCCUGCCAUCUCCGAGGACGCGGAGCACGCUGAAGACGAGGCGGAAUCCAAAGUGGAGGUCACGAAAGACGGCGGGGAUGUCGUCGAAGCACCCGCCGGCGGCGAAACUAUGAAGGGUACAGAGCGUCCGGCAGGCGAGGCCGCUGAAGAGGGAGACGGGGACGAUGACAGUGAGUCGGGGACUGACGACGAUGCUAUUCUGCAGGUACACGCGUGAGGAUGCUGUAUACCUUGGUGUACGUUAUAGUACUUGUCAUGCUGCAUGUAUAUUCGCAUGGACUGGUGUACUAUAUAGAUCUUGAGUGCCUAGCUAUGUCCUCAGGCUCCCCAUUUGAUCUCGGGGUUGCAGUACAGACCUCGUAGAAGAACUACUUGAAGGGUAUAAUUCAAACAACACAGGUCCGACAGGUACCGAUAGGUGAUCUAGUAUAACGAUUCCAGCGGUCCCGACAUAAUGGG